CCUUUCUCCAACUCGAACACACUUGAAGAGACACCUUGGCCCAUCCAUACAUCCCGAUUUUCAACCCCUAGAGCACCGAUGAAUUAUCCAAGCUCAAAUGACGCUCACGACGGAACAUAUCGCCCGCAUGCCCCCUCCUAACCCCGGCGCACUGCCCCAUCCAACAACCAUAUUCCGGCUAACGGCCGGCACGCAACUUCGCAGAGUUACAGGCCUUCGGAAAAAAUGGAAAAGCUCCGAGCUGUCCUGUUCCCGUGAGAUCGACGUCUCCCGCCGCGGUCUUCGAAAACGGGUCUGGUGGCCUUGCGGGCCCGCCAUGGAGAAGUUCGACAACGAAAUCGUGGCGGAAAUCGAGGGGCUGCUGAAGAACGUCGACCUUGGUGACGCUGACAUUUACCUGCGGCUUUACAUGAUCGGGAGAAGCCCGGAAGCGUCGCGGCCCGUCAUCAUGGUCUGCUGCUCCAACCCUCGGGUCAGAACGCAGGCCGAAGACGCAAUCCGCCAGAGCCGUGUUCCGGAAGAGUACCCCGAGUUCGCCCUCGGUGCAAGCGCGCUGCCCCUGGAACAGCCUGGUCUAGUCCGCGCACUGGCGGGCACGUCUAGCGGGAAGAAUAAGGCUAGAAGUCGACCACGGCCCUCCCGGAGUCACAAGCGGGAUGAGGAAAGAGAUAAAGAUGACGAGCCCCCAAAGAGUUCAACUCUCGACGGGGAAGGGAUCAACCUGGCUCUUGACCUAUUCGAGACCCCUCGCCCAGUUGGGAGACGCAUCUACCUCGGUUCUCGACACGCAACAGGAGGUGCCAUCAUACAAGUUGGAAGCCGUGUUUACCAACUCACCGUCUCCCACGUCAUUGACGACGACCCGGUUCUAUCUCUUUCCGAUUUUGAUAACCGGUUCAACGACUGUCAUUUCGACGACAUGAGUGAAGACGACGACGAGGUGGAUCUACACACGAGCCAAGAGUCCAACAAAAGCCCAAUGACUGAGCCCCGGCCGCCAUACUACCCCAUACCGCAAAGUGCUUCCAUUCCGAGGCACCUGGAAUAUGAUAGCAGCCACGGCCCGAAUCCCGGCCUCGACUAUACGCUGCUUCCUUUGGAUAUCGUCAUACCCCCUUACUACGGGCAGUUGGCUUUCUUACCGAACUCCAUCAUCCUGAGUGAUGGGAGAAUGGUGAAUAUUCAGGGGGUAGCAAUCAUCCCAACUAAAGAAAAAGAAGUGGUCGUUGCCGCCGGUUCCUGCGGUGUGGUCCACGGCGUUUUACUCCCCACCGUCGUGUACUUACGGAACGCGAAACUGCCCCAUUUUCAGAGGCUCUACCCUGUUCAUCUCGAAAGCUCUCUCCGUAUCGGAGAUAGUGGGUCCGCCGUAAUCGACAAGACCACCGGCGAGCUCUUUGGUCACCUCGUUAGAGGCGCCGAUCAGUCCACAAUCGCAUACAUGGUCGCCGCGGCAGAGGUUUUUGAAGACAUCAAGCAAAAGACUUCGUCAGACAUUCAAUUCGUCAAUUUGAUCGAGACGCCGUCAUCGAGCCAUACGACCGGUGGGAGUCAGGACAUACACAAGGACCCGGAGGAUACGACAGAAAGCCUGAACCACGACGCGGCAGAUCUGAGCUCAGCAUUAAAUGAACUAUCAUCGCCCCCGCCCCUGGAGCUCUGGGACUCAUACUCGGAUGGGAUUAACACCCCCAACCCGUUUUCCGUUCGCCAGUUCCCCGAUCCCACCAUGAACUGGACCACGGGCAUUGACUUGGACCCCAUCGACGACCACCUUGAAACACCAGAGCUUACGAUGGUAACCAACACGGGAGCAACUACCUCUGUCGCUACCUCUGCAAACAGCACUGCGUUGCGUAAACCUGUCCAGAAUACAGGUUCUACCACGGCUAUUAGCUCGGUCCCGGAACCCAAAGACAUGACAACCCCCCUCGACCUCGUUGCCGACCCGCAUUUCAGUUCAUUUCGUGAAUACGACACAGGAGAAUACAGUAACUUGUACGGCCCACCUGUUUCCGGAUGGCAGUCAGCUCAAGUUGAGGAACCCGAAGGGGGGCAGGAUCUUGGCUUUCCAAACCCCCUAGAAGACCCGUGGGGGAGUUAAGAGGAACGUGGCACGAUUGCAUUGGGUCUGGGAAAUAGUCCUAGGCCUCGGUGGUUUACGGAUGGAAAUAUGGGAGUACGGUAUCAUGGGAGGAUCCUGUGGUUGAUUAGGAGGUAAUACCUACACCUAUGCAUGAG